CCCCGCAUCCCGCCGCGCCGCCGGCCCCAAAUGGAUUAUCUGCGGCUGGUGCUGUCCUGCCUCGUCCCCCUGCACGGCUGCCUGGCCGCCGGCAGCGCCCCAGAGCUGCUCCUGUCCGGCAAACUCAGCGAGUAUGGAGUGAUCGUCCCAUUCAGCGCGGACUGCCGCGGCCGCUUCCUCUCGCACGUGGUGUCCGGCGAUGCGGCCGCGGGGAUCGGCGGAGCCGCCUGUCCGCCAGCCCAGCGCCCGUCCCGCCGCCGUGUGCCUCGCAGCCCGCUGGAUGAGCCCCCCCAGCGCCGCGGGGCUGGCGGCCGCCUGCUCUACUUCAACGUCACGGUCUUUGGGAAGGAGCUGCACCUCCGGCUGAGGCCCAACCGGCGGCUGGUGCCGCAGGGAGCAGUGGCCGAAUGGCAGGAGGAUUUUGAGGUGCUUUUCCGGGAACCCCUCCAGCAGCGGUGCCUUUUCACCGGCGACAUCUCCGGCAUGCCCGGAGCCGCUGUCGCCAUCAGCAAUUGCGAUGGACUGGCUGGCCUGAUUCGGACAGACAGCAAUGAGUUCUUCAUUGAGCCCCUGGAGAGGGGGCAGCAGGAGACAGAGGAGCAUGGGAGAGCCCACGUGGUAUACCGCCGGUCGGCCAUCCGGCAGGAUGGUGCUGAGCCCCAUCAGGACCUCCACCCUGAAGUGUCCGAUGUGCGAGUGGGCGAUCUCCCCAACUCCCUGGAGCUGAUGACGGAGCGGCUGGGGGAUGCGGAGCGCAAGAGGCGCCAUGCCAGGAAGGAUGACUACAACAUCGAGGUCUUGCUGGCGGUGGAUGACUCGGUUGUACGCUUCCAUGGGAAGGAGCAUGUCCAGAACUAUGUCCUCACCCUCAUGAACAUAGUGGAUGAAAUUUACCAUGACGAGUCCCUGGGUGUUCACAUCAACAUUGUGCUGGUCAGGAUGAUCAUGGUGGGAUACCGCCAGUCAGUCAGCCUGAUAGAGCGAGGGAACCCAUCUCGGAGCUUGGAGCAGGUCUGCCGCUGGGCUCACUCACAGCAGCGCUCCGACCCGAAGCAUGCCGAGUACCAUGACCAUGCUGUAUUUCUCACCAGGCAAGAUUUUGGUCCCGCAGGUAUGCAAGGCUAUGCACCAGUGACUGGGAUGUGCCACCCACUCCGCAGCUGCACCCUCAACCAUGAGGAUGGCUUCUCCUCAGCAUUCGUUGUCGCCCAUGAGACUGGCCACGUGUUAGGCAUGGAGCAUGAUGGCCAGGGCAAUCGCUGUGCUGAUGAGACCAGCAUGGGGAGCAUCAUGGCACCACUGGUCCAGGCUGCCUUCCAUCGCUACCACUGGUCCCGCUGCAGCAAGCAGGAGCUCAACCGCUACAUUCACUCUUAUGACUGCCUCCUGGAUGACCCCUUUGAGCACCAGUGGCCCACACUACCUGAGCUACCAGGCAUUAACUACUCCAUGGAUGAGCAGUGCCGCUUUGACUUCGGAGUGGGCUACAAAACGUGCACUGCGUUCCGCACCUUUGACCCCUGCAAGCAGCUGUGGUGCAGCCACCCAGACAACCCCUACUUCUGCAAGACCAAGAAGGGGCCACCCUUGGAUGGGACUGAGUGCUCUCCAGGCAAGUGGUGCUUCAAAGGUCACUGCAUCUGGAAGACGUCGGAGCAGCCUUAUAGCCAGGACGGCAGCUGGAGCUCCUGGUCCAAGUUUGGCUCGUGCUCCAGGACCUGUGGUGGAGGCGUGCGCACUCGCAGCCGGAGCUGUGACAACCCACCCCCAGCAUAUGGGGGGCGGCACUGUCCGGGAUCCACCUAUGAGUACCAAGUGUGCAAUGCUGAGGAGUGUCCGGGGCCCUACCAGGAUUUUCGUGCCCAGCAGUGCUCCAAGCGCAACUCCUACUACACCCACCAGAACAGCAAGCACUCCUGGCUUCCCUAUGAGCAUCACGACGAUGCUCAGAAGUGUGAGCUGAUCUGCCAGUCCGAGGGAACAGGGGAUGUGGUGUUCAUGAAUCAGGUCGUUCAUGAUGGUACCCGGUGCAGCUACCGAGACCCCUACAGCAUCUGUGUCCGUGGCGAGUGCGUGCAUGUUGGCUGUGACAAGGAGGUCGGCUCCCUGAAGCAGGACGACAAGUGUGGGGUCUGUGGAGGGGACAACUCCCACUGCCGGACUGUGAAGGGCACGCUGGCCAAGACCCCGAAGCAGCCAGCAAGUGUUUUGAAGAUGUUUGAGAUUCCAGCUGGAGCUAGGCACCUUCAGAUAGAAGAGAUGGAGCCAGCAUCCCAUAGCAUCGCUGUUAAGAAUCAAGCCACAGGUAACUUUGUCCUUAAUGCUAAGGGCAAAGAAGCCAAAAGCCAUGUGUUCAUUGAGAUGGGACUGGAAUGGGAAUACACUGUUGAACAUGGCAAGGAGAGUCUGAAAACCAGUGGUCCUCUGCAUGAGGCCAUCAGUGUUUUGGUCAUCCCUCAGGAGGAAGAGGCAAGGAGCAGCCUGAUGUACCGGUACAUCAUCCAUGAGGACCUGCUGCCCAUGAUUGGAAACAACAAUGUGCUGCUGGAGGAGAUGGAUUCCUAUGAGUGGGCCCUCAAGAGCUGGUCUCAGUGCUCCAAGGCGUGUGGAGGAGGCAUCCAGUACACCAAGUAUGGCUGCCGGCGGAAAAGCGACAACCGGAUGGUGCAUAGAAACUUUUGUGACAAUGGCAAGAAGCCGAAGCCAAUCCGGCGGCGCUGUAACCUCCAGGAGUGCUCCCAGCCAAUCUGGGUGGCCGAGGAGUGGGGUGCCUGCAGCAGGUCCUGUGGCAAGCUGGGGGUGCAGGCACGGGUGGUGCAGUGCGUGCAGCGCCUGCAGGAUGGCACCAACCGCACCGUGCACACCAAGUACUGCCCUGGGCAGCGCCCCGAGACGCGCCGGCCCUGCAGCCGCCUGCCCUGCCCUGCACAGUGGAGGACGGGCGCGUGGUCCGAGUGCUCGGCCAGCUGCGGGGAAGGCGUCCAGCAGCGGCAGGUGGUGUGCAAAGGCAGCGAGAGCGGUGGGCGCUGCGAGGGGGACAAGCCGGAGGCCGUGCAGGGCUGCCACGUGGCUGUGUGCCCGGAGAAGCUCUCUGGCAUCACCACCAGUGCUGAUGCCAGUGACCAUGGCACGUCCAAAGGACAGCGGGUGCCUCAGGAUGGAGACAAAAAACCUGUUAGCAAGAUCUCCUCCAGGGAGCCCUGCCUUGGGGACAAGUCCAUCUUCUGCCAGAUGGAGGUUCUGGCUCGCUACUGCUCCAUCCCUGGCUACAACAAGCUCUGCUGUGAAUCCUGCAGCAAGAAGGCAUCCUCCACCAGCUCACCCCCCGCCGCUGGCCCCAGCGCUCUCCCGGGAACUGCUGCUCCCAGCCCUGCUCCCCUGCUCUCCCCUGGCCCCACUGCCUCUGCCCAGAGGGGACCCCGGGGGGGCCCCACACCGGUGCCUCAGGCCAGGCCAGCCACCAGUGGAGGGAUGCCCAGCAGUGGUGCUUUACCCGGGGGGCUGCCAGCACCAAGCGAGCCGGACAAGGGCCAGGCAGCCAGGUAACCCCUCAGGACACCUCCUCAUGGGGCACGGGAGACCUUUGCCUCCCUCCCUCACUCUUCUCCUCCCCCUCUUUUUCCUCUUUUCCCCCACCUUCCAGUGGUGGUUUUUGUGGAUGGCACUGCUGGGUUUGGAAAUGACUCAGUCACCUGGAAAUUACCAGGAAAACCACUUCUUUCCCAAGGUCCCCCUUGCCUUCCCAGCUGUGGCAUGGUUUUCUACUGGUGAUAGCGCCACAGAAAAAAAGGAGCAAAGAAAGCAUCAGCAGCUUGGCUGUGGGUAGACAGGCUGCUUCCUCCCAAGGUGCUAAAAGGACCUGGGGGGGUGUGGGCUUUAAUGUUGCUUUUUCCUUCCCCCUGCCCCAAGCAGCAACACCAGGUGUGCUGGACAGAAGGGUCCUGGAGGAUGCUGGGAAUAUGAGGGGGGGGCAAUGGCAACCAGAGGUAGGUGGUAAGGUGUGGUGGGUGGGAAUGUGAGGAAGUGCCCAGACUACUGCCCUGGGCUGUCCCUGUUGGGGUAAAGAGUUUGGGAAACAUGUCUGGGGGAAGAUGGAGCAUAAACAUAGACCAGCUUAUGUCUUUCAUUGCAGGAUAGGCAGGAGAUGGUCCAGGCAACAUUAACACGAGCAAUAAGAAUAAGGUGAAAGACCAAAAAUACAUGUAAAAAGCGCCUGUCACCUUGUGGUGACUUUUUAGCCAAUAAUGUAAUUGGCCAGCCUUGAGCUGAUACAAAUGCCUGGCCUCCCCAGGACCACCAGCCUGAUCCCUGCACUCUGGUACCCAGUGCCUGUGGGGCAUCAACACCUUUCGGAGGGAAACAGGGAUGACUGGGAAGCCGGGAGUGGAUUUUAGGGGCAGUUACAAAGCAAACAAGAUUCAUCUACGUCUUUUUUAAUGGCAUUAAUCCUCCCAUUUCACUCCCUUCCAUGGAACACAAAUUAACUGUGCCAAGUACAAAAUGUAUGCACAGCACUUUAGGAACCUAGAGCCACACACACCUUGCUUGGUGUCAGGAUGGCUCCAGGCACAGGGUCUGCCUGGAGAAGUUACAGUCCUCAAAACCUCCCCAGAGCAGGGUCAGGCGAUCUGCUGUGUCCCUGAGGACACAGGCAUGCCAUGGUUUUGGUGCUUAGGGGUGUGCAUCCUCCCAGCUGAGGGUAUCCAGUGCCUCCAGGUGCAGUUGCAGGGGAAGGUGGGCUUCUGUGGGCAAUGAGUGCUGAUAGGGAGGAGGUUUUGGGGUCAGAGGGAUGCAGGAGGGCAAGGCUUGGCAGAUUGACCAGUUUGGUAUUGCAAAGUGGGAUGGAUCUCUUGGGAGUAUGUGCAUGGUUGUGGGUCCAUCUGCUGGCCCUGGUGGUGCUGCUUUUGUCAUCUGAGGAGCAGGACAGGGCAUCUCUGUGUGCUGUGUUGGGCAAGUUCUUCAGGUGUCUGGGGCUUGCUGGUGAGGUGGCCCGGGGUGCUUGGCAUGUACUGAGAGCCUGUGGGUUUAGGGCAUGCUGGUGUUUUCAGUGCUGUUGGUGCUGUCAGUGCAGUCAAAGCACCGCAUUAAUAACACUCAUAUGGCUGCAAGAAACUUGAGGUUGGGGCAUCUCAGAGGAGCUCAUGUCAGCGUGCAUACCUUUGCUGGUUUGAUGUAGGUUGUGGCGGGGAGAGGUAGAGGUACAUGCUUUAGUUGAAAUGAAUGGAUACCCCUGUGCAUUCCUGAUGUUUUAAGCUUUGGACUCCUUCUGCAAAGCUCCCCUGGAGCUAUCCAACAGUACAAAAAGGGCUGAAGAGAUGUUAAGGCUGCAGCUUGUGCACUCUUCUGUCCCUGGAUUGUCUCCGAAACAAGGCUGGAUGAGCAUUUAUCUAACUACUCUUACAAGCACCUGAGACACAAGUUCCCUGCCUCUUGAGUGCUGCCCUUUGGCAUUAAGUGGGCUUCACAAAAGAUGGAAUGAAGCCACACAUCUGUCUGAGCCAAUAACCAGCACACCUCAUGGGAGUGGACAGAUGGAGGGAUGCAAAUGAAACACAGCGGUGGGGUGACCAAGUCCAAGGCGUACAGGUAUUAGUACCUAUUGGAUCAACAAGAUACUGUGGAUGUACGAGGAUGGGAUUCAUCCCUCAGACCACUGACACCGCUGCCGUACGCUGUGCCAGCCUAUCUACCAGCACCAUCCUCCGUGGGGGUCAGCAUUUAUUGAUUGUGCCAAAGAUAAUGCUUCGUUUACUCUUCAAGGAGCAUCUCUCCCUGGUGGCAGGGGCUGGGGCCCAUGCAAGCUGUCCCACACCCUAUCCUGCUGCUGGAACAGCCCUGGGCUGGCUCGGGGAAGGACUGAACUUACUUUGCCUUUCACUGCCCAAAGUAAGGCUUUUCUCAAGCAUUCAGCCCCCUGAUCUCUGGUCUUUGAGCCAUUGAAUAAAAACAAAACCUUCCCCUGUCAAAAAAGGGCUGUAAUGUCUCCAGGGUGCAGUACAUGUGUGUGCAUGCAUGCAUGCAUACUCACUCCUUCCUCCCAGAUUCUCCACUGCACCCCUCCCUUCAGUGCUGUCCUGGACAUUAGUGCUUGACUGUGUUAGGAAUAUUUGCGGUGGUUCCUUGCUAUACCUCGGAGGAGAGCUGUGGCUCAGGGCUGGCCCAGUCCCUUGCAACCCACAGCCAGGGCCCCUCGGAGGGCCUUCGGGGCAUGGGGCUGUGCUGCAGGUGCUAAACCCCACCUCUAGCUGAGAGAGGUGGGUGAGAUUUAAACCAGGGUGUGAUAACCACCCCCUCUGGCACACCGAGUGCUCUGGGAGUGAUGCUGCAGGGCUGGGACCUAGCCCUGUGUGCUCGUUCCAGGAGAGCGCAAGAAGCGCUUAGGGCAGGCUAAGGUUGGGUUGCUUCUUGCCUUGCAGAUGUCACAGUGCAUGGAAAGCUGUGGCAUGGCAGUGUAGUGCUGCGAUGGCCCAGCUGCCAGCAGGGAUUUGGUGCUGUCAUUGGGAGGAGAGGGUGCGUCUGGUCCCCUGCAUCCUGGGCUUGGCAGGUGCUCCAAGUCAUUCCUGUGAUGUAACCUUGUCCAGUGUUACAAUGAUGUAUAAAGUUUUGUACAUACGAGAUUCAGAGCUUUUUAACUUUUAAUAUUUAUUAAUUUUGUUGGGUUCU